AUGGUCUACUCCUUGCUCGACCUGCCCGAAGAGGUGCGCCGAAUGAUCUACCGCUGGCUGUUCAGGAGCCAAGUCUUUCAAUGGCAGCCUAGAUUCUAUAGGCGCGGCUCGAUCAGCGACAGGAAUAACUACAACAUCAUCCUUGCCAAUAAGCUCAUUCAUGCCGAGAGCCAACCGAUGCUGCUAGCGGUAUCUACCAUAUUCGUCCCUGAGGCGUUCGAGAGAUUGUACAUCAAGGGUCUGAUGUACUUCAGCGCAUUGGCCUUGCCUCGGUUGCAACACCUCGAGCUCUGUCCGGGAGAGCUCUGUAGAAUGGGGAUGCUGUUGCCAUCCAUGAGCAGUCUUCGCACGCUCGAAGUCAACACGCUACGGCUGGCGGCCUCGGGUCACUACCCCUACCACGUGGACUACCGCACAUACUACUUCCGAGAGCACAAGGGAGUCCCUCCCAGACUGGGCUUUGGAGCGAUUCAACAAUAUGCGAACACAUUUGAUCGGCUCUGUGGCAGGCAUGACACAGGGAAGGCUUCAGAUCUCUAUGACGGAGACAUGUUGGCGAUCCUGUCUUACUGGAUGGCCGCGAAUGCUCGAUUUGACCUGAUUCUGGUUUCAAAAGUGGUACUCAGGGAACCGAAGCCAGACCCAACAAGCCCGUCGAUGUGUCGUCCAGAUUACAGAGCGAGGAAGUCUUGGACUGCGCGGACGAAUUUCGCGACCGAGACGAUGUCACUCAUCAACGACAGUACUCUCGACCUCGAUUACAAAUUCAGCCUUGUCGGCAUCAAAGCCCGAAUCACUGAGAUAUUGGAAACGGAAUACUUUUGA